AUGAAGCUCCUUACAAACAUUGGCACAUUGCUGGCCCUUGGGCCGGUCCAGCAGGUUUCAGCGACACCACACGCGCCUGGAGACCACUACAACCUCGUCAAACUCGAAGGAUAUGGCAGUGUCUCUGGAACUACAGUAAACAGUACCCUUACCAAGAGGGACCUACCGGCUCCUGUGGAUGCUUGGAUGGGUAUCGACUACGCGCUCCAGCCUACAGGUCAUCGACGUUUCAAAGCAGCAGACUGGCCCAAACCUUUCAAAGGUAUCAAGCGCGCCGAAAGCUACGGAAAGACCUGCAUCCAGGAAAUUACUGCCAAGACACCUCUCGAUUCACAAAGCGAGGCUUGUCUCAACUUCAACGUGUUUCGACCCCAAGGCGUGCCGUUGAGUAAGAAGCUUCCCGUCCUCGUGUGGAUUCAUGGCGGUGCAUUCUUCUCUGGAAGCUGGGCCAGCUUUGACGGCGCUGCGUUCGCUGCUUCAUCGAAAGAACCUAUAGUUGUGGUCAACUUCCACUACCGUGUCAAUUCUCUCGGCUUUCUUCCGUCCAAGCUCUUCCAAGACGAGGGUCUUUCGAACCUCGGCAUUCGUGACCAGCGACUCUUUUUGGAGUUUGUCCAGAAACAUAUUGGGGCUUUCGGAGGUGAUAAGGACGCUGUUACUAUUGGCGGUCGCUCUGCUGGUGGCCACUCGGUGGGUAUCCAUUACUUCCACAACUACGGCAAGGACAACAAAGCCUUGUUCGCCCGAGCCAUUCAUCAAUCUGGAUCUGUCACGUCAAGGGCUUUCCCCAAUGAUACAUAUCCUUUGUACAAGACUCAGUACGACGACUACACAGCAUACCUCGGAUGUGACAGCAAGAAGACCAACCAAGCUGCUCUCAAAUGUUUGCGAGAAGCAGAUAUCAACAGCAUUAGAAACAUUAGCACACAAAUCUUCUACGAUUACAAUGACGUCUUGACCUGGCCUUUCCAGCCUGUGCAAGGAGGACCAUUGUUUGAGAAGCCCGGCUCUCAGUCCGGGUACGAUGGGACUUUCUUCCACGUUCCUACUAUCACUUCAAACGUCAACGAUGAGGGCAAGUUCUAUACACCUGGCGAUCUUGAGACGGACAGCGAGUUCUUAGACUACCUCCACAACAUCUCGCCCGCUCUGACGCAAAAGGAUUUGUCUGGGCUAAGCGCUUUGUAUCCUGAUCCAGCAAAGUAUGACGACUCGCCUUUUGCAAACUCGCCAAACAGCACACAGUAUAACCGUAUCUCGGCCGCUUGGAGCGACUAUGCUUACAUCUGCCCUGGUCAGGAGACAGCAUACCGAGCCUCCACUGCCAGUGUGCCUACAUGGAAAGUUCGCUUCAAUACCAACAAUAGUUUCCCUGACUGGCAGGGCAUUCCUCAUACAGCAGACACUGCAUACACAUGGAAUGAGGAGACCACCCAGUACCCCGAGAUUAGCCAUAUCUAUCACGGAUAUCUGUCAAGCUUUGUUGCGACUGGUGACCCAAAUAGCCACAGGUACCCUGGUAGUCCUAAGUGGCCAGCUUACGAUGGAGAUAGCGAGUCACCGCUGCAGAUUGUGGUGCAACCAGGGGAUACGAAGGUUGAGAAGGACGAUAUCAGGAAGGAAGCUUGUCACUGGUGGCGAGACCCGGAGAGAGCUCCCAGGCUCAAUAAGUAA